AUGGAUCUUCCAGUUGUGGUUGAUUCGAACGACGAUGAAAUAGUCUCUCACGAACUAGAGCAAAUGAGGAGUAUAUUGAAAGAGGUGAUUUUGGAAACGCCCAACACCCCUCUCGAAAAUCGACCGCGACUUCCCCGCAUACCCCUAAGCAAGCGAAAUCGGGCUGUCGUGAGGGCUCUUAACCCAAUGCUGGUGACCUAUUUUGAAGACAGCCGGGAUCAUUGCGAGACGGACUCAAUUCUCUUUGGCGCCGCAGUGGCAGUUUGCCGUAUUAUUGGCGCCAAACUUCCCAUGGCUGGACACGCUACUACACAAAGUAGCGCCAUCCCAGCCUGGAGAAAAAGAAUUGAAGAACGUAUCGCAGGCAAGGGCCCUUAUCGGCAGACUGACAAGCUUCUGACACGGUCGGACAUUUUGACAAGGUCGGGUAAUAAUAGACCGAGGAUUGUGCGCACUGUUAGGAUAGCGUUUGCUGGGGCAAAUAUCAGUUUGUCCCAGCCGCAUAUCACGCAGAAACUAACGGAGCGCAUAGAAGACCUGAAGCAAAAGAUCGCUGCUUGGGGGAAGUGGAUUCGACGAUUUACCGAGAGGUCAAGGCGAUUCAACCAGAAUCGUCUCUUCCAGAAUGAUCAGAAGAGGCUCUAUAAAUUAUUGGAGCGACCAAAGGUAUGUGGAGCGGACCAAUGA